GCAACGGACAGUGUCGCGUGGGCAGCAGUCUAUAUCCACUUCAGCCGCACGCGGAGAUACCAGAGUACCAAUCUUGCUGUUGCUGAGAUUAAAAAUGAGUCUCUCUGAUGGCUAAACGCUCCUGGGUUGACAUGCAGACGUGCUGACACUUUCGAGCGGACCGAAAUGCGAUGUAUAUAUUUUUUAAUUAGUUUGGGGAAUAUCACUUUGAAUGUUUUUUUUGCCUUUUUAACAAUCGUUUAGUCUACCACAGCAAUUUAUUUAUGUUGGUGGUUUCUCAUGUGAUCAAGCAAAGGCGUUUGUGGUUGACAAACCGUAAUAAGUUUCAUGUGCCUUUUUGUUAUUUUUUUCACAUGGACAUCUGAAUUCGGUGUACGUUUCCCAACUCAGACUGCUUUGUCUCCGCGCGUCGAAGGAUAGGUCAGCGGCGCGUGUGAGUGGAUGUGGGCGGUGGGCUCUUGGGUCCGCGGGUCGAUAAGGAAGAGAUCGGUUCAAGCAGACGCUCUGUCCAAGUCCUGAGCCCCGACCACAGCAGCCUCAGUACCACAAGACUCGAGAGUCACUGAUGCGCUUGACAAAAGGCGAAAUGUUCCUUCUCGGAAUUCUCCUCAGCUUCUUCUCACGAGGUGUGAGGGGUUCUAAAUGCAACUUUGUGGUUGGCAAAGCAGUAGAAGUUGGUGAGGAAGUGGAGACAGUGGUGGCAGGUUUUUAGAAAAUGCGUAUACUGCUUCCCGUCUACACAGCAUGAGAUGGUGGCGUUGGCCUCCUCCUCCUCCUCCUCCUCCUCCUCCUCCUCCUCCUCCUCCUCUUCCUCGACUGGACUGGACUGCCUGGAGCUCCGGCGCUCCUGCCACGACCAGCGCCAGUGCCGGCUGCGGUAUGAGCAGCUGGACAUCUGCCUGGACAACGCCAAUGCCCACGCCCCACCGGACCCUGAGACCCAGCAGGCGUGCAUGGAGGCGCAGAGCGCCAUACUCCACAUGAAGCCCCAUGCGCUGGACUGUCGCUGUCAGCGGGGCUCGCGCAAGGAGGAGCGCUGCAUCCGGGUCUACUGGACAUUCAGGUUCCCUCAAGGUUAUGAUGACAUUGAGUCAUCUCCGUAUGAGGACAUGGACGAGGAGCUACGGAGGAGUUUGGACACACUCAGAAUCACAUCCUUAGUCGCAGCCUCGUCUCCGUGGCAGAACCAGUGUCUGAAGGCGGCGCAGGACUGCGGCAUGUUCGAGAAGUGCGGCGCGCUGCGCUCCGAGUACGCCGUGGCCUGCACCAAACCGGCCAUCGACGGCGCCAGCUACUGCAACCGGCAGAAGUGCCACCGGGCGCUGCGGCGCUUCCUGGAGCGCGUGCCCGAGGACUACAGCCUGCCUGUGCUCUUCUGCCCAUGCUCGGACCCGCUGUGUGGCGAGCGCCGGCGCAAGACCAUCGUGCCGUCCUGCUCAUUCGAGGACCGUGAGCAUGACCAUCCGCCCAACUGCCUGACCCUGAAGAUGCAGUGCAUGCGGGAUGAUUUGUGCAGGGCCAGGUUGGCAGAUUUUCAGCACCACUGCCAGCCCUCCCCCUACUCCCCAUCAGGCUGUGCCAGAGAGAGCAGAGCCAUGUGCCUCAAAGCCUACACAGGACUGAUCGGCACAGCUAUGACCCCCAACUAUGUGCAGAAUAGCAGCAUGGAUGUGGCUCUGUGGUGUAACUGUGAAGGCAGUGGAAACCACUGGGAGCAGUGUCAACACCUUCAGCAUCUAUUCACAGACAACACCUGUCUGAGUAACGCCAUCACCACCAUGGGCAGUUUCCUGUCCGAUUCGGAGGAUGGAGAGGCUCUGCCCCCUCCUGCCCCCUCUCAGCUCACAGAGCACCACCAGCUCAACGUCAACCAGCAGUCGGCACUCAACUCUGUGGAGACCAGCGUGGAAGACAAAGAGGAGCAGGAGGCGGUGAAAGACGAGGAAGAGGACGAAGAGGAGGAGGAGGAGGAGGCGGUGGAGCAGCGCUUCCACCACGUCAUCCCGCCGUACUCGGAGAAGGCCACCGUCUCCAACCUGAACUCGGCCGGCCGCAGCGUCCACGCCGGCCGCUGCCCGUUCGGCCUGCGGCGCCCCCUGCUGUCACACCCGGCACUGCCACUCCUGCUUCUGCUCCUGUUCACGCUGACCUGUCCUUUUACCUGGGGGUAACAAGGAGCCCCCAACUGCCCCUCUCACCCCACCUUCAUACAAAUGACUAGACUCACCCCGAGACAGAGGGAGAGAGAGAGGGGGAUGGAGAGGACUACGAGAGAGAGAGAGAGAGAGAGAGGGAGGAGGGUAGGAUUGAGUUUGUGAAAUAAACAGAGGAUAGGGAGGGUGGAUUGAAAAUAAAAAAAAAAUAAGUUUAAUGAAAUGAAAAGUGAUGUCACCCCCUCUCUCCCUCACUCUGCCUCUGUUCAAGGGGUUGCGGUUGUCUUGUACAGUCUGUUGCCAUAGCUGCUCUUUCUCCUCGGCUCUUGCCCCCGGCUCAGCCAAUCGGGUGCGAGAAUGGAGGCCAGCACGGCUUUGUGAGCCAACGGCGGCGCGCGGCUGGUCCAUGACCCCACCCUCCCACUCUUCUUAAGCUCCGCCCUGAAAGUGUGUGUUGCUGGGCAACGCCCCGACUCCCAGCUGGUCUUGUGUACAUGCGUGGAUAUGAAUGACUUUUAACCCGCUACAAACAGCUACGCACUUCCUUCACAUACCAUUUUAUGUUGAGUCAUUGUUUUUAUUAUCAUUACUAUUAUUAGUAUGAUUACAAUUAUUAUUAUAUUAUUAUUAUCUGUGUUGUACUAAAAUGCUAUGAGUUCAGA